AUCCAAGAGCGUGGCCCUCCUUUCCCUCUAUUUUUCCAGAGAGAUAGAUAGAUAAACCUCUCUCUCUCUGUAGCAAAACAAUGGCGAGAGCAGCGUGCCUUCACCUUGUUCCGGCACUGGUGAAUCCAUUGAAGUCAUCAUCUCUGUCAAGAAACCACUCUCUCCUCCUUCUCGCAGAGAGGUGUCACUCUCUUCAGCGGCGGCGAUUCUCUUCCUCAGCCUCCAAAAUAAGCAUGAGCCUUAGAGCCGGCAUCGUUGGCCUCCCCAAUGUCGGCAAAUCCACUCUCUUCAACGCCGUCGUUGAGAAUGGAAAGGCUCAAGCUGCUAAUUUCCCUUUUUGCACAAUAGAGCCAAAUGUAGGGAUUGUUGCAGUUCCAGAUCAGCGGCUUCAAGUACUUUCUGAUCUUAGCAAAUCUAAACGAGCGGUCCCAGCAUCCAUAGAGUUUGUGGAUAUUGCUGGGCUUGUCAAGGGUGCCAGUCAAGGCGAGGGUUUGGGUAAUAAAUUUUUAUCACACAUUCGUGAAGUGGACUCCAUACUUCAGGUUGUACGCUGUUUUGAGGAUAAUGACAUUGUUCAUGUGAAUGGGAAAGUCAAUCCAAAAUCUGAUAUCGAAGUUAUAAACUUAGAGCUCGUUUUCUCAGAUUUGGACCAGAUUGAGAAAAGAAUGGAGAAACUCAAGAAAGGCAAGGCGAAGGAUUCACAAUCUAAAGUAAAGGAAGAAGCAGAGAAGUCUGCCUUGGAAAAGAUUCAGCAGGCACUUAUGGAUGGAAAACCAGCACGAUCAGUAACUUUGACAGAGUUUGAAAAGGAUGCUAUAAAGCAUCUUUGCUUGUUAACAAUGAAACCAAUCAUCUAUGUUGCCAAUGUUGCUGAGACUGAGCUAGCUGAGCCUGAAAAUAAUCCUCAUGUCAAAGAAGUGAUGAAUGUUGCAUCAGAAUUACAAUCUGGACUGGUGUCAAUCUCAGCACAGGUUGAGUCAGAGCUUACUGAACUUCCAUAUGAAGAAAGGAUAGAGUAUUUAAAAUCUCUUGGUGUCAGUGAAAGUGGUCUUGGAAACCUAAUUAGGGCAACUUAUAGCCUUUUAGGGAUGCGUACAUACUUCACUUCUGGCGAGAAGGAAACAAAAGCAUGGACCAUACUUUCAGGAAUGACUGCACCUCAAGCUGCUGGAGUUAUCCACUCAGACUUUGAGAAAGGUUUCAUUCGAGCUGAGACUGUGGCUUAUGAUGAUUUUGUUGCUGCUGGUUCACUUGCUGCUGCAAGGGAGAAAGGACUUUUGCGAUCUGAGGGUAAAGAUUACAUUGUACAAGAAGGAGAUGUAAUGCUGUUUCGUUUCAAUGUAUAACGACUGUAUUAUUGUGGCUGAAAUUAUUUGGUUAUUCCUCAACCCAACAAGCUGGCCAGUGAUCCAGGUUAUGGUUCAUUAAAAAUUUUGGUGGCCCGAGAAUUCAUACAAUGAUCAAAGUGCUGACCAAUAUGGUGGAUUAUUCUUUCACUUGUAUGCAAGAAACUCGAUAGUAGUUCUUGUAGAGUAAAUAUUUGAGUUGAUUUUAUUUCAAGGUUACACAAUUAGGAAAUUGAACAUAUUAGAGAAAAAGAAAAGGAAACUAGAAAAAGGAAAAUCAAAGUGAAGUCAGUGUAUCUUUGGUUUUUAUCAACCUUGAGGGGCAUAAUUAGUUUCUAUUACAAUAAUUUCUUCUGUGAGAAUAAAUUCGAACCUCUUUCUUCUGUUUGUGAGAAUUCCUUUU